GUUUCUUCUGGGUUACUUACCCAAUAAUAAUAAAACAUUUUUUAUUUUACAAAGGGAGAUUGGUAGAGCAAAAAGAAAAAGAAGAAGCAUUGCAUUGCACGGUUUUUGCAGGGUUGGUGUUUUUUUUUGAAGUUGGAAUGGAACACGCAUUUUACAAAGCGCACUCACACGAGAAAGUGCAACCGACGAAGAAUCUUGAAAGUUGGGAGAACGAGGAGAGAGAGAGAGAAAGAAAUAGAAAGAAAUAGAAAGAAAGAAAGGCAUUUCAGAUUGUAAGCUUCACUUUCCUCGCUUGUUCGUUUUAAAAAACCAAACCAGGGUGUUGUUAAUGGGAGGGGAAGGCGGGAUUAAGGGGAGAAAACCUGACAGUUUAUUGACUCGCUCAAAAUCUUCUGUGUCCUCUGAGAGAGGUGGCCUUCUUGGUGGUGGCCCCCUAAAAUACAGAAACACACCUCCUCCCCCCCCCAACGCACACAGAGAGGUCUGGGUCUCUGGCCCCAUCUCUUUUACACCUUCCAGUUGGUUGAUGAAGACGGCCUUCGGAAACCGAAUAUUUUUGGCUGCCCUCUAUCUUUGUUGCAUUUCUAUCCCGCCGUCUUCCCCAAAGAGCUCGCACUGGUGUUCAUGGUUCUUCUCCCCCUCCUCAAUGAAUCCCCCCAACAGCCCUUUGAGGUAGGCUAGGCUGAGAGUGAGCUUCAUGGCAGAGUGUGGAUUUGAACCCGGGUCUCGUUGUUAAAGGAAUUUCAAAGCAUUCCCUGCUUACCCCAAGGAUUUGGUGGCUGGAACAUCUGCCCUGGCAACCCUGAAAUUACUGGUUUUGAGAGCGGGUGUGGAGUUUUAGGACUUUUAAACAGUUUUUAGCAGUUUUAAUUGUAUUGUAUCGGCAUUGUUUGCUACCCUGGGCUCUUUUGGAGGAAGGGUGAGAUAUAAACUUAAGUAAAUCAGGCACAUGCUUUUGGGAGCAAGUAUUCCCAUUUGCAUCAAGCAGGUGUUACAAAGCAAUAAACUAAUUUCCGCCUGCCCCAAAGUCCAUUUUUCUCUCCCUAAACUGCACCAAGGCUUCACUUCGUCCCAUAUUUGACUUUCAAGUGCUUUUUGAGAACUUUUUUUAAUGCCAACAGCCGUAUGCCAUUGUUUAAAAUUUAUCUAAAUUUUCUCUUUUAAAAAAACCUCUUUAAAUUUCUCUUUAAAAGUAGCCAGCCACUUUCCUGAUUGUUCUGUAUUGCUUUAAAAUGUUUUAAUGUAUGACUGCAUCGAAUAAUUGAAGACAUGACUGCUCUUGCCACUUGUGAUGGGAUUGCUUAUAAAUGUAGACUUUGAAUGGACAAGUGUAUAAAUGUUCUCAAUUUCAUUACAACAUAUAGGUUAAAAAUAAAGACAUAUGUAUUUGGAUGAUAAUAACAUCUAUAUAUUAGAUAAGCAUAUAUGGAAUUGUAAUUCUUAUAGUGAUACAGUAUAGCAUACCUUUCUUUUUUAUAUAAAAAAAAUCACGUUCUCACUUUUUUUUUCUAUGUUCUUUAUUUUAAGUGUUGUUAAAAAUGCCGUCCUCCGUUGUCUCCUGAGACGGAUGGAUGCCAAUAAUAAUAAUAAUAAUAAUAAUAAAUGAAUAAAACAUUUUAAUGUUGCUCUCCACCUCUCUGAAGUUUUGCAAGAGCGUAGCAUAUAAAUAAAUACUUUAAUAAACAAAAUACAUUUUCUUGCAAGGAAGAAGCCCAUUGAGCUCUGUGAGGCUUACAUCCGAGUUAAAACACACAGGGAUCUUCAUAUUCCCCUUCUCCAAACCCGCUAUCUUAUUCCUGAUGGAUGCACACACUGUGGCAGGCCUGCCCAGGAUAAUUUCAUUAUUUUCUCCUUUCCACUCCUCCUGGUCUCCCCACGCAGCCAGCUUUGUAACUGCCCCACCACAGAGAUAGAAAAAGAGAGGUAUUGCAACAGAGCCUUCACUUCCGGCUCCUGUCUUCAGGCCUCUGCAAGGAGUAUAAUGCAAAAAGCAAGUUUCCCUCCACCAGCCCACCUCUGACCUUUUAAAGUGAUUAGUUUUGCUGUUCUUUAUGUGGCGCCAUUAAUAUGCACGGCACUUUGCUUGGGAAGCAACAACUCAUGAAAAAGCAAAUAUAGCUCUGCUGCUGGUCCACAAGGGGAUGGUGAAAUUCACAGCUACAUUGACUGGCCUCCAGGACUACAACUCCCAUCAGUCCCAGUGAGCAGGGGUUGUAGUCGAAAAAAAUAUAUGAGGGGGCACCAAGUCUGGCCUUGAAGCAGAGCUUUCCAAACUGUGUGUCGUGACACAUUAGCGCGUCAAGCUGGAAAGGGGUUAGUUUAGCCUCUGGUUUGCUAGUAAAACUGAAUUAAAACUGUGUCGCGAAAUGGUGCAUGUCUAAAAUGUGUGUCACCAACAUGAAAAGUUUGGAGAGCUCAGCCUUGAAGAAUAGAGAGUCCAGCUGUUUAAGGCUGAAUCUGCAACCAGAGGAUUUUCCACUAUCUGAAGAUAAGGCUUUGCAUUUUGUGAGGUUUGCACUCCCUUCUGACCAUGAGGAAAUGGCCUCAAUUGACUACUUUUAAUAGCAAUAAUAAUUUUAUGAGUUAUACUUUGCCCAUCUGGCUGGGUUGUCCCAACCCAUUCAAAAGCAAUCUCUGGUGUGUGUGUGUGUUUUGCCACAGAUAAGUAUACAAGCACUGAAUGUUGAAAGAUCUGAAGCAGAUUUUUAAAAAAAUUCCUUCAUGCAGCACAAAGUUAAACUGUGGAACUCACUCCCACAGGAAUCUAAGGCAUAAACUGCCUCUGAUAAACGUGUACACAAGCUGACCAGCCAAAUUUUGGUACUGUACUUAACAAAGAGCUGAUGAUGAAAGGUUCUGUGGAACCCAGAGGCUUGCCAGGCAUUCUGCCAGAUAAGGGUUUAACUUUGCGAUGCAUUUUAUUGUUUUAUGUCUUUUAUUCUGGUUUCUUUAUUAGUCUUGCAAUGUAGCUUCAGCUACACAGAUAAAUAUUAUUUCUUUAACUUCUGUGCCACCCCUUAUCUGAAGAUCACAGGGUGGUUGACGCUACAGAAACAAUAUUCCAAAUAUAAACACAACCAUACAAAUAUUCAGAAUAUAAACACAAUAUUUGGAAGCUUGCCACUGUUGUGAUAUCUGGGUUGGAACCGGAACUCAACCCCCUGCCCCAAACACCUAAUAAUUUUGAAACUGCAGUCGACGAGAUCCUGUGAUUUCCACCAUCACCUUCUGAUUGCUACCCAUCUAUGAUUUCCACUCAUCACUCCCCACAGGAGGGGAAAGUGCUCUUGGGCUUAAAUCCUGCUUGUGGGAAGUGGGGACCCCCAGUAGUCAUCUAGUCUAACCCGCUGCAAUGCAGGAAUCCCAGGAACGGCUGGCGGGGAAAACUUCCAGCCUGAAACAGCGGAGAGCUGCUGCCAGUCAGUACAAACAACACGAAAGCUUAUACAGUAUUAGAACAAACUUAGUUGGUCUAUAAGGUGCUACUAGACAAAAUAUUUAAAAAAUAAAAUUUUUAUUUAACACUGAGCUGGAUGAGGCAAGUUCCUCUUUCCCUACGAGUGUUGAGCACAGGUUUCUCCUGCGCAGGCCACGCACAGAUGCAAUCUAGGGUUAAACUGCAAGAAAUUUUAAAAAGUGCCAUUUAUUAUUUUGCAUCAGCAAGCGCAAGGAACCCACAACACGCGCCUCUGCCUCCCCCCUUUUCAUCUUCCACUUAGGGUGGCUCUUGUUACACCAAGCGGGAAGCGGCGCUGAAAUGGGCUGCGCCAUUUCAGGCUACAGGGUGGGUUAGGUUUAUUUUUUAAAAAAUAAAAAUAAAAACAAACCAGCUGCACCUUGCAACGAGAAAGGUGCCGCUGUAGGAGAUUCCCCCCCCCCUAUGCCGCGCUGCUUUUCUGCUUGCAGCGGUUUUGAAACGACCUGCAUAUAUCAUGUCAUUUAAAAGUUGGUAUGUCCCGCUAGCUGCCUGUCUGGAGCGGAACAAACCAUUUCGCCACCCUGUUCCGGGGGGGGGGUGAGGAGUUGGAGCUAGAGAGAGGAAAAAGAAGGAAGAGACCAAGGCCUAAAUCAUUCCUGACUUCAUUUUAACAGUUUAAGCCAGUUCAAGGUGGGAGGGGGGAGGGAGGCUUCCCCAGAAAAGAAGAAGAGGGGAGAGUUUCCUUGACCCAACCCGCGAACGUGUGAAUGCGACUCCUGGUAGGCUGCAGUGUUUGCAAAAAAGCGGGGGGAAAGAGAGGGGUGAAUCUGGGCUUCGGCGGGUUUCCUUGCAAAAGGAGCUGAGUGCAUCGGAAGGAGAAGCAAGCGAGUGCUGUUGUUUUCCUGCCCCUUCCUCCAGCUGUGCGAGGGGGGCCCAAAAGGUGCGGAGCAGUGGGGUUACCUCUUUGCAUUUCUGGGUGUCUUUGGAAGCGCGCGCGCCCUCCAAAACGUAGACUUAUUAAAAAAGGCUGCAUAGACUGAAGAGCCUCAUUGUCCGCAGAGGAGACUUCGCAGUCGCUUGCGAAGCCAUUUUGUUUGCGAGGAAGGCAGAGCUUUGCCUACAGAGAAAACACAUCCUGGAUUUUUAUUUAUUAUUUUUAUUAUCAUUAUUAUUAUUUAUUAAUGAAACAGGGAGCUGUGAUUUUGGUGGCAGGGGAGGGGUGUUCCUGUUUUUGUUUUCUAACUCGCAUUCUUAUUUCCUAGGGGAAAACGUGUGGUUGUUGUUUUUAAAUUACGCAUUUGUUGCUUUUGAAAAGAUGCACGUGGGAAGGCAGUUUUCGGAAGAGGGGGCGGGGAGCAAGCCGUAGCUCAGUGGCUUUGAGUGCAGAAGGCCCCAGGUUCAGUCUGCGGGUAGAGCCUGGAGCCCCCAGCCUCAAAACCUGGAGAGCUGCUGCCAGCCCGUGUUGACUCUAUGGAGCUGUGCGCCCUGAGCUAGAUGGGCUCCGUGGGAGGGAGUCAACGCUCCUCCUGCUCCGAGUAAACCCAUGAACAUGCUUGACUUUAAUUUCAGUGGGUCUGCUCUAGGCAAAACUGAAGUUGCAAGUGUAAGGCGGCUUUUUGUGUUGCAAAGGAAAGUGUUUUUGUUACUGUCCUCAAUGUUGUGGAAACAUGGGUUGCGACCCUAUAGGGUAGCCCUGGUGCACAAAGUGGACAAGACUCUUGCACCCUUUAUUAGUCCAGCUGGGAUAGCUUGGUUGGUUAGAGCGUGGGGCUGGUGACGGCAAGGUUGCAGGUUCGAUCCCUGAAUGGGGCAGCUGCAUAUUCCUGCAUUGCAAGACUAGAAGAUGCUCAGGGUCUCUUACAAUUCUGUGAUUAUAUGAUCUCUGUUUAGUCACAUCAAAGAGGGAGUUUCCUUCCUCUACAUAACUGUUAAAGCUGUAAGGGCCCUGGCCUCUUUGGCAUCCAGCUACCUUACAUCCCUUCGAGUUAGUCCACUGCUCAUAGUGUGGGUUGCGAGGGUGGUAUUGUGCCAGCCUUGCAAUUCAGUCCAAUGCGGUUACGCUCUCGGGCAGCAAUCCUGUGCCCGCUUACCUGGGAGUAAGUUCCAUUGAGCUCUGUGAGGUACUGAGGCUUACUUCUAAGUAGGCUCAUAUAUCAGCAUGGUACUGUUGCUGCAGGUUGAGGGUUCCUGGGGGGUGGGUCAUGUAUCCCAUAUUACUACUACUACUACUACUGUUUAUUGCCUUUAUGUCCUACUUUUUACUCCAAAAAGCUCAAGGGGGCAUUUAUGGUUCUCCCCCAUUAAUUUGAUUUUGAAUUGAUUUUAGAGUGAAUUGAUUUUAGAAUGCUGUGUUACUUUUAUUGUUGUUAGCCGCUGUGAGCCCAGCUUUGGCUGGAGAGGGCGGGAUAUAAAUAAAAUUUUAUUAUUUUAUUAUUAUUAUUUGAUUCCCACAACCACCCUGCGAGGCAGGUUAGGCUGAGAGGCAGUGACUGGCCCAAGAAACAUCCACUAAAAUUGCCUUGUCCCACUCUCUGUACAGACCCAGUGCUCAAUUACCUACAAAAGCCUUGUGCUCCGCUGAUAUGCAAGCAGGAUGCAUAUCACCCAGCCAAGCAAAAUGCAACAUGAGAAUUUCAUGCCGAACCACAAGCAGAGCAACAUGCAUCAUUCUGGAUUUUUAUGUCUAUAGCUCCAACUAUAUCUCUGUUUGUCACUAUUUUCUCUUGCUCUUUCCCCUGGUAAAUCACACUCCCCACUUCACCUCUCAGACAGAAGUAAACCCACUGAACGAAACAGGGCUUAAACUUGGAAUAAACAUGCCCAAGAUUGCAUCUUCCUUUACCAUCUCUGAGGGGGAUCCCAUUCGAACAGAGAGAGAGAGAGAGAGAUUCUCCGAUAUGUCAUGGCCAUAAAUGCACAAUUGCUUUUACAAAAUUAACACUUGAUCUUAUCGCCUUCUGCCUUUCUGGAUUGCCUUUGGAAAUCACUUUUAAAGCUGCAAGGAAUUUUCUUUGGAUCAGUGUUUCUGUGUGUUCUGCAAGACAAGACACUGUUCAUUACAUCACCCAGUUCCCCCUCUAUAAAGAUCCUCGUGGAAAACAUCUGUCUUGAGUUCAGCUGUGGGGGAAAUGUUAUUACGUCAACCGAGUUUGUGUGGUUUUUACUGCUGGCCAAGGAAAAUAAGGCUACCUUGUAUUUUUGUUGGCUGCUGGGAAAUUAAAAGCCAGAUUUGCGGCUCAACUGUUGUCGUUCAGUCGUGUCCGACUCUUCGUGACCCCAUGGACCAGAGCACGCCAGGCACUCCUGUCUUCCACUGCCUCCCGCAGUUUGGUCAGACUCAUGUUUGUGGCUUCGAGAACACUGUCCAGCCAUCUCGUCCUCUGCCGUCCCCUUCUCCUUGUGCCCUCCAUCUUUCCCAACAUCAGGGUCUUUUCCAGGGAGUCUUCUCUUCUGAUGAGGUGGCCAAAGUCUUGGAGCCUCAGCUUCACGAUCUGUCCUUCCAGUGAGCACUCAGGGCUGAUUUCCUUCAGAAUGGAGAGGUUUGAUCUUCUUGCAGUCCAUGGGACUCUCAAGAGUCUCCUAUGAGUGCCUUUUCCCCACUUUGUUCCAGCAGAACAAAUAAAAUGGUUACUGUUGAAUCAACUCCCUUCCCCUAAAGGUUGUGGAAUGUUAGACUAGCAAUUUCCCUAAAGAAGGAAUUGGUCAGCCUGCAGCCUAACAGUGUGGGGUAGUGGUUAGAGAGAGUCAGGCUAGGAGACCAGGGUUCAAAUCCCCGCUCAUUCAUGAAGCUCACCGGGUGUGACUUCGGCUCAGUCUGACCUACCUCACAAGGUUAUUAUGGGGUGUAAAUGUAGGAUUGCCAUAACUCUGGAAUCUCCUGGACUUAUCCAGAAUACUGCAUCUGCAAGCAGUGUCUGGGCGGAAGUCGGUGAAAUGUCUGGUCAGAUCCAGACAUAUUGCAGCCCAUGUGUCGGCAGUAUCGUUCUUGCCUCAGAAAUAGCUCAAAAACUUCCCAUUUCUUUGUGAUUUUGCUAAAAAAAGCUCAACAACGCCUCCUCUCCGGAUUUGAAAUAUGGCAACCCUAAUAAAAUGAGAAGGGAGGGAACCACGUACACCACCCUGAGGUUGGUUUGCUCAGUUUUAUUCCCUACCCCAAAUAAAGCCCUGAGAAGUGAAUAUUUGCAUUUAAUGCCUCUUUUGUUUCCUCUUUUCCAAGGCGUUAGCUGGAGAUGUCCUCUCAUACUUUGCCCUUGAGAUUCUCUCUAGAGGGUUAAAUCCACCAAGUCAAGAUUCCUAGAGGAAUACCUGUCUAGGAACCAAAGAUGUGAAUGGUCAAAGUCCUAGACAGGCAAGACAUUGACUAGGCUCUUGCAUACUACCAUAGUGGCAGUAUUCUCAGUGGAAAGAACCCCAGCAAUUGAGGGGUGUUGAGCACCAUCCUGGACCCAGUGUGCUUCUGGAAAUAUGGGCAAGAGGAACAAACGUUCUGCUUUGCCAAUUUUUUUUUAGGUUGGAUCCAGCUCUUUUCACCUGUACACUCGUAAUGGCUGGAGUUAACACAGAGACGUAAACGUCCAUCUGCUCAUUGGGUCAACCUCAGAAGGAGUCCACGCGCAGACAUGGCGAGCUGUUGCUCAGUGCCCAGAUGCAACAACCGGCGUUGGCGUGGAUCCCACGUCACGUUUCACAGGUAAGCUGGGCCACCUGGAAGGAAUUGUGGUGGGUGGGGUAUGAACGAUUGCAAAAUCUCCUCCUGCCUUGCUCAAAUAUAGUGCAGUUCUGUGACACAAUUCUGGGCACCACCAUUUUCAUUGUCUGGAAACCAAGCCUUACGAGGAGCGCUUGAAGGAGCUGGGUAUGUUUAGCCUGGAAAAGAGGAGACUGAGGGGAGAUAGGAUAGCCAUCUUCAAAUAUCUCAAGGGCUGCCACAUGGAAGAUGGUGGAAGCUUGUUUUCUCCUGCUCUGGAGGGUAGGACUCGAACCCAUGGCUUCAAGUUACAAGAAAGGAGAUUCCGACUAAACAUCAGGAAGAACCUUCUGACAGUAAGAGCUGUUCAGCAGCAGAACGGUCUCCCUCGGGGGCUUUUAAGCAGAGGUUGGACGGUCCUCUGUUGUGGAUGCUUUCGCUGAGAAUCCUGCCUUGCAGGGGGUUGGACUAGAUGACCCUCGGGAUCCCUUUCCGACUCUACAAUUAUAUGAUUCUAUGACACUGUACGUAAGAAGAGUUUGGCUGCUGGAUCAGGCCAGUGGGCCAUCUAGUCCAGCAUCCUGUUCUCACAGAUGCUUCAUUGAGAAACCCACAAGCGGAAUCUGAACCCAACACCGCUCUCCCCUCCUGCGAUUUCCAGCAACUGGUAUUCAGAUGUAGUGGAGAUGGAACAAAGCCGUCAGGUUGAUGUAGGUCCUGUGUGAGUGUCUGGAGGCGGUUGGAGGAUGGAUGGCGGCUAACAGAUUGAGGUUGAAUCCUGACAAGACAGAAGUACUGUUUUUGGGGGACAGGAGGCGGGCAGGUGUGGAAGACUCCCUGGUCCUGAAUGGGGUAACUGUGCCCCUGAAGGACCAGGUGCGCAGCCUUGGAGUCAUUCUGGACUCAUAGCUGUCCAUGGAGGCGCAGGUCAAUUCUGUGUCCAGGGCAGCUGUCUACAAGCUCCAUCUGGUACGCAGGCUGAGACCCUCCCUGCCCACGGACUGUCUCGCCAGAGUGGUGCAUGCUCUAGUUAUCUCUCGCUUGGACUACUGCAAUGUGCUCUACGUGGGGCUACCUUUGAAGGUGACCCGGAAACUACAACUAAUCCAGAACACGGCAGCGCGACUGGUGACUGGGAGCGGCCUCCGAGACCAUAUAACACCGGUCCUGAGAGAUCUGCAUUGGCUCCCAGUACAUUUCCGAGCACAAUUCAAAGUGUUGGUGCUGACCUUUAAAGCCCUAAAUGGCCUCGGUCCAGCAUACCUGAAAGAGCGUCUCCACCUCCAUCGUUCUGCCCAGACACUGAGGUCCAGCACCAAGGGCCUUCUGGCAGUUCCCUCACUGCAAGAAGCCAAGUUACAGGGAACCAGGCAGAGGGCCUUCUCGGUAGUGGCGCCCGCCCUGUGGAUCGCCCUCCCACCAGAUAUCAAAGAGAAAAAUAACUACCAAACUUGUAGAAGACAUCUAAAGGCAGCCCUGUUUAGGGAAGCUUAUAAUGUUUAAUAGGUUAUUGUAUUUUAGUGUUUUGUUGGAAGCCACCCAGAGUGGCUGGGGGGACCCAGCCAGAUGGGCUUGGUAUAAAUAAUAAAUUAUUAUUAUUAUUAUUAUUAUUAUUAUUAUUAUUACAGUAAUAGUCUAUGGCAAUUUCCACAACUACAUGAAUGCCCAACUCUUUAAAAUUCAAAACAAAAUUGUUUCAGGUUUCCUCUCACAAAGGAAGACCAGUUGAAAAAGUGGCUCGUGAACAUCGGACGUCCGAACUUCACUCCCUCGUACAAUGACGUCGUGUGCUCAGAGCACUUUAGGAGGACAGAUUUCUGGGGCAAAGUGGCUUCCGGGCGGCGGGAACUCAAACCCGGAGCAAUCCCAACUGUCAUUCGUCGACCGAAAAAGGUGAGGGGAUUUAUUUAAUUUUUUAAAGAGAAAACAGGGUGCGCACGUGCCGUACAUUUAAACUACUGGGAAGUGUAGUUUGUUCAGGGUGUUGGGGGGUUGUAGCUCUGUGAGGGUAAACUACAGUUUCCAGGAUUAUUAUUUUUUGAGAAAGCCGUGUACUUUAAAUGUACUGUGUGUGCAAAGCCUGAUGGUCCAAUCGAUGAUCAGGAAUUACUUAUCUGUGUUUUUAUCUUGUAUUUUUAUCUUGUGAACAGCCCUGAGGUCUUUGGAUGAAUAUAAAUCUAAUAAAUAAAAAUAAAAAUAGAGAAAAACAAGGCUGGUAUAUAAAUCUAAUAAAUAAAAAUAACAAUAAUAAAAACAGUCAUUGUUAUUUGAUUUAAUGUACCCUUUAAAAAUAUAGGAAUGGGGUAAGGCAAAUUCCUUCCUGUUAUAAGAAAAAACUGCUCCCUUUCCCUUAUGGGGUAUUCCUGAGCCCAACCCUAUCGGAGGAGAAAACAGAGGCCAGCCAGAGUACAUUGAGAAGCAUAGUUUGAAGUUUAUUCAAGGAACUUUUGCAACAGGGUCCCUACUCCCCACACACAGGAGGGAGGAGAACCCAGAGCAAUGGUGUGCAAGUCCUUUUAUAAACUUUUGAAAUUGCCCACCCUGUAGUCCAAGACCCACCCCCACCCUAAAAAACCCCCCAUCAUACAUACAUCACAGAAGGAGCCAGUCUACAGCAGAAGUCCUAUCCUGCCAGGAUACCUGAUAAUGGUCACUGAUUGCUUUACCUGGGCAGCCUGGCCAUUCUUUUGUCAUGGUUAAUACUUUAGCUCCUGAAUCCAGGUCACAGGUUCACCCUAUUCAUACACAAAUACGCCCUUAAGACAGGAUUUGUAAGGAAGAAGACAAUGGAAAGGCUUUCCCCAUUUGCCUCCUUUACUGCAGAGGAAUAUUUGAGGUCAUUGGGAGAGUCAAAAUGGCUUCAGGAUUACUCUUCUGUGCUGUUUCAGACUCAUGGUUCAUAUAUUUAGAUAUGUGUCCCUUUAUGAAUAUUUCUUCUAUAUUUGAGACCUUAAAAUUCUUAUAACAACCGGAACAACUAACUCACUCUGAAACUCACCUACAGGUGGUACCUAACACCAAGGAAAUUAGCGCUAAUACGCCCAGGAACCUCACCAAAAUGCUGGAGAGGGUGCACCUCCACAGGCACAUACCUCCAUAUGUGGUGGGAGUGCCCCAAAAUCCAACUAUUCUGGACAACAGCCAUACGAGAAAUAUGUAAAAUAACUAAGCAAGUAUUAGAAAUCACCCCAGAACUGGCCCUGCUAAACAUCUUCCAAGACAAUAACGCCCACUUACACCACAAAGAACUCGUAACCCACCUACUUUCAGCAGCCAGAAGCAUCAUAACUAGACACUGGAGAGACCUGUCAGGAGUAAGCAUGGACCAGUGGUACCAAAUAGUAUGGGAAACAGCCCUACUAGAAAAAUGAACCAAUAAACUGAAACUGACAUGGGGACAAAUAGAAGAAGAUGCCUUUAUCCCCUUUAUCACAUACACAGCCCAAUAAUACAAUGACAAAAAUCCAACAACAGCAUACAAAUCAAUAUGGCUAACCUGAUUCAAAAACACCCACCCACCUCACUCACACACAAAAACAAAGUUCACCACAGCCAAUCACAAACAAACAACCACACCCUAGGCCAACCCCAACCUUUCUCACCACCAAAGGAACACAAGUGAAUCGCAGAGAACCUGCACAAGCGACGCUGACACAAAACCCCACAUAUAUUAAGCAAAUUAGAAACAUUGCCUCCCAACCCCCACCCCCACUCACCUUUCCCCCCUCCACCUCUUUCCCCCUUUUCUUCCCAAUGUAACCCUAACGCCUCUGUCUUGGAACGUAAACAUCAUUGUGGAAAUAAUAAUAAUAAUAAUAAUAAUAAUAAUAAUAAUAAUAAUAAAUUUUUUAUACCCCACCCAUCUGGCUGAGUUUCCCUAGCCACUCUGGGCGGCUCCCAAUCAAAUGUUAAAAACAGUACAGCAUUAAAUAUUAAAAACUUCCCUAAACAGGGCUGCCUUCAGAUGUCUUUUAAAGAUAGGAUAGCUGCUUAUUUCCUUCACAUCUGAAGGGAGGGCGUUCCACAGGGAGGGCACCACUUCCGAGAAGGCCCUCUACCUGGUUCCCUGUAACCUCACUUCUUGCAAUGAGGGAACCGCCAGAAGGCCCUCGGAGCUGGACCUCAGUGUCCAGGCUGAACGAUGGGGGUGGAGACGCUCCUUCAGGUAUACAGGACCGAGGCUGUUUAGGACUUUAAAGGUCAGCACCAACACUUUGAAUUGUGCUCGGAAACGUACUGGGAGCCAAUGCAGAUCUCUCAGGACCGGUGUUAUGUGGUCCCGACGGCCACUCCCAGUCACUAGUCUAGCUGCCGCAUUCUGGAUUAAUUGCAGUUUCCAGGUCACCUUCAAUAAUCCUUUAAUAAUGGCCUCGGAGCUCCUAUAAGUGCCCUGCUGCUAAAUCAGGCCAUUGGUCUACCUUGCCCCAGGCUGCCUAACCCAGAGGUAGCCAUUGUGUUCACUUCCAGAUUUUGUGGAAUACAACUCCCAUGAGCCCCAGAAAGCACGGCCAAUUGUCGGGAAUGAUGGGAGUUGCAGUCUACCACAUCUGAACUACUUUUUGCCUGUUUCAAGUUUGAGGAAACUGUAGUCCCUGCAGCAUCCCUGACCAUUAACCUUGCUGGCUGGGACUGAUGGUAUCUGAAGAUAUACUUCAUUAGCGAUCAUAAGGAGGAGGGGAAAUAAAGAUGUGUUCCUAUCGGUCUGAUGCUCUUUGGUUUGUUUUACGUUUGCAAAUGACAAAGGCAGAAGGGCAGAAGACGAUUUGCAACCAGGAAGUCUUGCAAAUGGGCCUGGCUUUCUGAGACAGAGACUCUCAACAGGCCAAAAUCCAAGCUCUCUUCUCCCACAGCAAAAGCGGCUUCGGUUGCUGCUGUUGUUGCAUCUUAGGACUGCUUCCUAACUGCUCUUUGUUUUAACUUUCCUUUUGCAGGGCUCUGGAAAGGGUCUGGCUAAAACGAGAAAGAGCCUUGUCCGGCGUAAACCGCCCGAUCUCGAACCAAGCAGCCAAACUUUGGCAGUCGGCGAAAGCGAUGUUGAAGCAGCAGCAGCCUCCAAGAGCGACAUUGUGAUCCUGGAGCAUUCGUACUCGGCCCCGGCAAGCCCAGGUGAAGCCAGGCAGUCGAUGCCACAAAAGUUCAUAAUAAGUGACAGGCCUCUGUGAAAGAUGCUCAGCUUGGUGCUGCUAAGCAGAAGAAUGUUUUAAUUAUUUGGAGGGGGGAGAGAAGCGUUCAAAGCCCACUUCUUCCUGCAAAGACCUUGGAACGACCCCUGUGUCCUCAUAGCCUAUGGAAACAGCGGAACCUCGGUUCCCGAACGCCUCCGUUGUCGUACGUUUUGGUUCUCAAACGCCGAAAACCCGGAAGUAAAUGCUUCCAUUUUCGAACAUUUUUCGGAACCUGAAUGUGCGACGCAGCUUCCUUGGGGUGCAAGGAGCUCUUGCUACCAAUGGGAAGCCGCGCCUUGGUUUUUGAACAUUUCGGAAGCCAAACAGGCAUCUGGAACAGAUUUUGUUCAAGAACCGGGGUACCACUGUAUGUGUAACUCAGCCUAGUAUGGCGCCCUCUUGCUAGGGCUUCUGGGAGUUGUAGUCCGCAAUGGCUGAAGGGCACCAGGUUGAGGAAGGGUGACGCAACAGUGGCCUAGCGAGAGUCCUGGGGGCCAGGUAAAAUGCCAUAGGGGGCCACAUUUGGAUCCCAUCCCUGUGCAGUCCUCUGCCACUGUUCUGCAUGGGUUUUAUGUUGGUUUGUGUUGCUUUUAUGCUCUCUGAAUACCAUUUUAAUAAGCAUUUUGUUAUUUAUUUCUAGUGCCUUUUAUAAUUUCUUGUAAACCACUCAGAGGGAAGGGAUGUAGUUCAAUGCAGGUUCAUUUCCCUGUGUUCUCCGAGUAGGCCUGAGGAAACCUCCUUGCCUGAAAUCAGGGUGGAUUUGAUUUAAAUCGAAUCGAUUUAAAUCACGAUUUAAAUCACUAUCACUAGUCAGUAAGACUUGAUUUAAAUCAUGUUUUUACAGAAAGACUCAUUCUUGCUGGUAUAGCCUUAAUAUUUACAACCAGAUGAAGGUUUCAUUUUUGAAAUAAUAAAUUUUUAGAGAAGUUUUUACAGCUAUUUCAAAAAUCACUGAUUUGGUUAUACAAAGAUAUGAAAUUAUUGUGAGGUUUAAUAAGUUAACUGUUUAUAUUUGGACAGCUUUUCUGCUGUAUUUUAUUGGAAGGAGAAAAGUAAUCAUUUCCUUGAUAACAAUUUAAACAAUUUAUUUAACUGGAACAAUAACAUUAUAGCAUAUGUAUCCAUGUUUGUAAACUGGUGUGGUCAAACAAUUUUAAAAAAAACUUAGACUGAGUUUUAGCACAAAUGAAAAACUUAAAACAAAUCCUUAUUUCCUGAUGAAUAGCCUUUGGACUAUAAUGUAACUUAAACAGAAAACUAUUUUUAGAAAGUUUUUUCCUCCAAAAGCAUUUUAUUUUAAAAAUCUGAUUAUUAUUUUUUAAAUUAAAUCAAUUUUUAAAAAAACCAAAACCAUUGAUUUUUACCCACCCUGCCUGAAAUAUUUGACAGCUGCUACCAGUCAGUGUAGACAGUACAGUGGUACCUCGGGUUACAUUCGCUUCAGGUUACAUACACUUCAGGUUACAGACUCCGCUAACCCAGAAAUAUUACCUCGGGUUAAGAACUUUGCUUCAGGAUGAGAACAGAAAUCGUGCUCCGGCGGCGUGGCGGCAGCAGGAGGCCCCAUUAGCUAAAGUGGUGCUUCAGGUUAAGAACAGUUUCAGGUUAAGUAUGGACCUCCGGAACGAAUUAAGUACUUAACCCGAGGUACCACUGUAGAACUUUAUAGGCCAAUGGUCUAGUCUUGUGCAAGGCAGCUUCCUUUGUGUCGUGGAUGGUCACGAUAGAGGAAUGAAUGGAUGGAUAAUGUGUGGCUUUUGCUCUAGUAUGGGAAACUGCCCUCUUGACUCGUCUCACGAUCAAUUUUUAUCUGGCAUGCCCCCCCUUUCCUCUCCAGCCUCUUCCGCCUUGGAUCUCCGGGUGGCGUCGAUCCGGGAGAAAAGCAGCGCCGCAGACUCGGAGGCGAGGAAAAGCCCUCGGCUCCUCCAGGCGAGGAUCAGGAGAGAAUGCCGGGAGAGGUCGGGGCCAAACGUCCCAGAGGAGCCCAUCGACAACUCGGAGGCCCAGCGCCAGCACUUCCGCCAGUUCCGCUACGAGGAGGUCAAAGGGCCCCGAGAGCUUUGCAACCGGCUCUGGGACCUCUGCCACCAGUGGCUGAAGCCCGGGAAGCACACCAAACUGCAGAUGCUGGAGCUGGUCAUCCUGGAGCAAUUCCUGGCCAUCCUGCCCCGGGAGAUGCAGGACUACGUCAAGGAAGAGGGACCCACGGAUUGUGACCACGCCGUGACGCUGGCGGAGGAUUUCCUACAGAGUCAGCAAGAGGCAGAGGUGAGCCCCUUUUAUCCCAGCUGGUGAUUCCAGUGGGCUUUGCUCAGAUCCUCUUCUGGUCCCAAUUCUGGUCCCCGGUUGAGCCUUCAAUGUGGCAGUUCCUCCUCGCCCCCAUAUCAUUUUUAUUAAGUCUCCAAAAAUAUUUCAACGCGUUUCUCAACGUAAACAUUUUUUUAAAAAAACAUGCUAAGUUUCUUCUUUACUUCCCACCUCUCCUUUUCUGAUUUUUUUUUCUUGUUGUCCUUUUUAUGAGCUGUUUAUAACACACAUACAGUGGUACCUUGGGUUACAUACGCUUCAGGUGACAUACGCUUCAGGAUACAUACUCCACUAACCCAGAAAUAGUGCUUCAGAUUAAGAACUUUGCUUCAGGAUGAGAACAGAAAUCGUGCUCCGGCGGCGCAGCCGUAGCGGGAGGCCCCAUUAGCUAAAGUGGUGCUUCAGGUUAAGAACAGUUUCGGGUUAAGUACGGACCUCCGGAAUGAAUUAAGUACUUAACCCGAGGUACCACUGUAUUUUUAUUGUUUAAACCCCGCUACCGUUAAAUGUUUCCACUGCUUAUGCUUCAAAUCCUGCCAGCGACUUCAUAUAUGGGUGAUAAUUCGAUAGAUUGUCCAUCAGUGGUCAGGGACGCGGGUGGCGCUGUGGGUUAAACCACAGAGCCUAGGACUUGCCAAUCAGAAGGUCGCCGGUUCGAAUCCCUGCAACGGGGUGAGCUCCCAUUGCUUCGUCCCUGCUCCUGCCAACCUAGCAGUUCGAAAGCACCUCAAAGUGCAAGUAGAUAAAUAGGUACCACUCCAGCGGGAAGGUAAACAGCGUUUCCGUGCGCUGCUCUGGUUUGCCAGAAGCGGCUUAGUCAUGCUGGCCACAUGACCCGGAAGCUGUACGCCAGCUCCCUCAGCCAAUAAAGCGAGAUGAGCGCCGCAACCCCAGAGUCGGUCAUGACUGGACCUAAUGGUCAGGGGUCCCUUUACCUUUACCAUCAGUGGUCUCCAUUCUUCCUUAAACACUUCUGUGCUGUUAAUUUGGCAGUUACCUUUGCUAUUUCUUCAGAGUGGCAGUUCCUGCCCUGAGGAACUCCACGCCACUAGAGACUCGGCAGGAAUCACCCCUACUUAUGUCGGCAACUGGCCUUGAUGGCUGUGCUGUACCUCCACAGUUAAGAGGCAGUAAAGCAUUUGAGGGCCAGUUGUUGUUGUUGUUUGUUGUUGUUAAUCCCAAGGAAGGAGAGUCCCCAACCUCCUGAGGGAGACUCUUCCCCUGUCAAACAGCUCUUACGGUCAGAAAGCUUUUCCUGAUAUUUAGUCAGAAUCUCUUUUCUUGUAACUGGAAGCCAUUGGUUCGAAUCCUACCCUCCAGAGCAGGACCAAAAAAAUUAAUAAAUUCCCUCUUCCAUGUGACAGCCCUUGAGAUCUGCUCAGUCUCCUCUUUUCCAUGCUGCACGGCCAGGGAAAAAACAAUGUUAUCCAGGGUUGUAAAGACUGCAGAGAGAAUAACUGGGUGCACUCUUCCCACCUUAGAUCAAAUCUAUGCUGCCAGGUGCCAUUAAGAAAGCGGCAGAGAUAGUGCAGGAUAGUACGCACCCCAGAAAUUAUCUCUUUCUGCUUCUGCCUUCUGGAAGAAGGUAUAGGAUUAUAAAGGCCAGGACUAGCCGUCUGAGAAACAGUUUCUACGCAAAUGCAAUUCUGGUUCUAAAUGCAGCAUAAGGGGUCUCUAUAGAAUAGUGUAUUUUAAAAUGGGGUUUCAGAGUUUUUAGGGGGUUUUGAAUGUUUUAUGUAGUUUUUAUGUAGUUUUAUGUAGUUUUUCAAUUUCAUUGUUCUGCAUGGGACAAUGACAAUAAAUAUAUCGUAUUGUAACAUACCCAGCUCAGAGUGGCCUAAGUCCUACUCAGAGCAGACCCUGUUGAAAUCAAUGGCCCUAACUUAGUCACGUUCAUUAACUUCAGUGGGUCUACACUGAGUAGGGCUAGCACUGGAGACAACCUUGGUUGGAGCUGCCCUCUCAUACCUCCCUCCUUGAUCUCAGGGUUGUGGGUUUGAAUCCCGCAUUGGGCGAAAGAUUCCUCGGGGUCCUCUAUGACUCUAUGAUCCAUUUGCGCUCUCUCUCUCUCUCUCUCUGCCCUGUUUCAGGAGGGAGUGACUGAUUUGUCCAAAGCAAAGAAGACUCCCUCGCAAGCUCGGCGUACGCCACAAGCCAAAAGAAUUGUCAAGAAGGAGGACGGGGAUGCUGCCACACUGGGUAAGAGUUUCUUGUGUCUCUGUCAUGGGGGAGUAUACAGGUCCUGGGACAAGAUUAACCCCUGGCUCUUCUCGCACCAGGCCAAAACUUUUGAGAACUUGCUUUCUCAAUCUGCUAGUCCUCUGUGAGGGAAGCACUUGUCUCUAGCCUCCCUUUAUUGAAACACUCCCAUAUGCAGAUGGCAUUUGAGAUGUCUUAAUUAUUAUUAUUAAUUAUUAUUUAUACCCCGCCAAUCUGGCUGAGUUUCCCCAGCCACUCUGGGCGGCUCCCAAUCGAGUGUUAAAAACAAUACAGCAUUAAAUGCUCUGUUGGCAGGCACAUAGAGAUCCUGCCUUUCAAUAAUACUAAUACUAAUACUACUACUACUACUACUACUAAUAAUAAUAAUAAUAUUUAUACCCCGCCCUCCCCAGCCAAGACCUGGCUCAGGGCAGCUAACACCAGGUAUAAAAAACAAUUGAUUGAAAUACAACUUAAAAAAACAAGAUUAAAAUACAACAUUAAAAUGCAGCCUCAUUUCAGUAGAAACGCAAAUCAAAAACUUUUUUGGGGAUGGAAACGUCAAGUCUUCACCAAGGCAUAAUAAUAAUAAUAAAAUAAUAAUAUAAUGGAGGACCACAGAUUAUUUAAAAAAAUCUAUCUAUCUAUCUAUCUAUCUAUAAACCUAUCCAUCUCUUUAGAACAAUGAAAAUAUAAUUUUAAUUUGUAUUUAUAGCCUGCUUUUCAUCAAAUGGUCUCAGAUGAGUUACAGAAAUACAGCAAUCAAAAUAACUACAGUAUAUAAUUGGAAUACUUGCCUUUGACUUUCAGGUGUCUCUCGAUAGCCUAUGUAGUUGUUUAUAAUUUUCUCGAGUAGCUAUUCGCCUUAGCGGUUGUUCUGUUAGGGAUGCCAUAUGUGCAGAAGAAUAAUCAUUAUUAUCAUUAUCGUUCUUUUAUUAUUUGUACCCCGCCCAACGUAUAUAAAAAGCAUAAUAAAACGUCGCAAGUUAAAUCGCCUGCUUCCUUCCUUUCUGGGAGAGGGGACAGGCUUGUUCAUUCUAGAAUUAAUUCCAUUUAUUUCCCUUUCUCUCUCUCCUCUAGAAGACGUGACUGUGAGCGACGGCCGGGCGGAGGGCAUUUCGGAGGAGGUCCUUGUGCCCGAAGAAGUCGUAUCGCAGGAGGAAGUCUCCACUGUGGUUGAGGCUGCUGAAAGUGGGUCCCCAUUAUGGAUAUUCGGGGUAGUUCCAGGGGGUCCCCGUAUCGCCAGCCACGCCUCUGUUGGAGACAGUGUCGUAUAGUGGUUAGAGCAGAGGGGAGGGGGGCAACCUUUCUCAACCUGUGGGUCCCCAGAUGUUGCUGAACUACAACUCCCAUCACCCCUAGCUAGCAAGACCGGAGCUCUGGGAUGAUGGGAGUUGUAGUCCAACAACAUCUGGGGACCCACAGGUUGAGAACGGCUGGGGGGGGGGGGAACCUGUGGACUCCAACUCCCAUCAUCCCCGGUUGCUGGCCAUACCUGCAGGGGCUGAUGGGAUUUGUAGUCUGGGUGGCUUUUUCUGGGGGGGCCAAUGGUUUUCCAUCUGCCUGGCCUAACCCUCAGGUUGCAGGGAAAAAACAAAUGUGUUUCAUUUGAGCUUGCUGGAAGGAAGCUGAACUAAAAAUGUCGCCGUAAUGUAAAAACAGGUGGCCGUUUACCUGAGAGUAAGCCUCAUUAAACUCAGUGGGGCUUACCUCUGAGGAGACAUAUAGGUUUCCGCAGCCAGCGAACUCGCUUCCCUGCGUCAAGGCAUAGAAGGCUUGGAUACAGUGUUCAUAUAUAUUUUUAUUUUAAAAAAAGAAUCCUGUCACAGGAUUAUUUGGGGGAUGGGAUUCGCAAUGUCAUUAGGCCUAAAAAAUAAGACACUUUUCUGCUUGGUCGAAGCCUGUCAGGAUUCAGAAAGGGGCCGGGCGAAAAGCUCUUAAGUUAUUAUGGUUUUAUUGCUGCAGAACACAGUGAUAAAGCGGUGUAGAAAUGAUUGUAUAAAUAAAUAAAAUUAACAAGCCAGCCUUGGGUUGGAAUUUGGCUUCCUUUUACCUCCUCCCUUUAUUUAACAAAAUUAAUAUAUUGCUUAAGCAGCUGCACCUCGAAGCGGUUUACACGAAAUAUAAAAUAUGUGUUAAAAUUGCCGGUAAAACCAGAUGUUGAAAAACAAGCUAGCCUUGAAAAUUUAAAAAUAUAGUUUAAAAAUAUAGGGUUGUAGCCAACUAAAUUUUACAUUGAGUAGAUCCGUUUAUAGCAAUUAAUUUUAGUCAUUAACUUCAUUGGGUCUGCUCUUGAGUAGGACUAGUUUUGGAUACUUUUUGUAUACUUUCUCUGACCCAUAAGAUCAGACCCUAUUAUUUCAGAUUUCCUGUUUUUAUUUGUUCCUGAUUUGUAAUGCUAUUUACCUAUUUUUUGUUUGGUUUUGUGUACUGCUUAGGGUUUUUUUUAAAAAAGUGGUUCCAAAAAGCUUUUAAAUAAAACAGUAAAUAAAUAACUUUGAGUAAUGAAUGAGGAGCAUAGCUUGUGGGCCGACAAAGUGAAGCGUAACUCUUCUUGGCACGAGGGAACAUGUUAUAGUUAUAUAAAAGUCUAGCAGGAACCGAAAACGAGCAGCCGAUAGGAAAUAAAAAGGAAGAAAAUUGGGGAAAAAAUCAAGGCUAAAAUGAUGAAAUAUUUUUUCGAAAUGUAAUUUGGAAAUGUACGUGUGAUGGGAUGAUGAGCUGCUUGUGUGUAAAAUCCUAGUCCCUCAGAGUUUGGUCAAGUUUGCAAACCUCUGUCUGUAACGGAGCCCCUUAAACAUGGCUCCGUCAGUCGCUGGCAGAUUCCGACAGUGGUUGCUUUCGGAAUCGCUUCCAACAUAAAAGCUCCUUAACGGAAACACGUCUUCUGGACUCUCUGCGUGACAGUUUCCGGCGAGGAGUGGGUGUCCCUACAGGAGGUCCUGAAACCUCCCCACUGUUUUCGCUGGAAGUGUCUCUGAGCCAUCCCUCCAGCUCCCUUUCCCUCAGCCCAGCUCCUCUCCCCCUACUGGUUCCCUCUUCAGCUGCUGAGUCUCUCCCAACCUGUGUGAGCCCUUUCACUUCCCUUCCUUCCGAUGGCAGUUCCCUGACAUCCACCUCCCCUCCAGGGCCCCCUUCAUCCCCUCUCGCCCCUCCUCUACGGGCGGUGAGGAGGCAAAACCCCGGAAUGAACUUCCUUCAUCUUCCGAUGUCCCGAACACUUCUCUCCACCUGUUGCGGUUCCUGGUCUCGAAGUACUCCUCCUCCUCAGAGUCCAUCUCCCCUUCCCCUUCCGAUUCCGAGAAUCCUUCCAACUCCUCCUCCUCAUCGGUGGUCCCAAAGUAUUCCCUCCGGAACCUCUCCACAGGCUGAGGUUUCCUUGGGAACCUUUGAUGGAACGUUUCUAUCAAUACCUCGUCAUUGAUAUCUUCUGCCAUUACCCAAGUGUUUUCUGACUCCGGUUCUCCUUCCCACGCUACCAAAUACUCCACCUGAUCCCCCUUCCAUCUGGCGUCGAGGAUUUCUGCCACAUGGCUGCUGCAUUCCCUUUCUUCUAUGACCGGUCCCCGAGUGGCCAUCCCUUCUCGUCCCCCCUCAUACGGUGACAGUAACGACCUGUGAAAUACUGGGUGCAGUUUCAUGUGGUUGGGUAACCGGAGCCUGAAAGCCACUGGGUUGACCUGUUGAAUGACCUCAAAGGGACCCAAUCUCCUGGGUCUUAAUUUCUUACAACCUCCUUUGAACGGCAACCCUUGGGUUGACAGCCACACCCUAUCUCCCACCCUUAUGGUUUCACCUUCCCUUCGGUUCUUGUCUGCCUGCCUCUUGUAUUCUUCCUUCGCCCUUUCUAAGUUGAGUUGGAGCUGACGAUGGAUUGCUUCCAUUUCUUCUACAAAAUGCUCGGCUGCCGGGACACCCCAUCUCUCCCCUUCUCCCCCUGGGAAAGCCCUGGGAUGACACCCAUAAUUAGCCAAGAAGGGGCUCAUCCCUGUGGACACAUUCUCGGCAUUGUUGUAGGCAAAUUCCGCCAGCGCCAACUUUUCUACCCAGUCAUUCUCUCUGUCAUUGACAUAACACCUCAGGUAUUGCUGGAGGACCCCGUUUGCUCUUUCCGCCUGCCCGUUGGUUUCAGGGUGCCGGGCAGUCGAAAAGUUGACCUCCACCUGCAGUAAGCUCAUGAGCUUCCUCCAGAACCUGGAAGUAAAUUGUUUUCCUCGGUCUGAGACCACCCUCAAUGGCACCCCGUGCAACCUAAAAAUGUGUUCUACAAAUAACUUCGCUGUCUCUUCCGCCGUGACUGCAUGCGAGCAGGCUACAAAGUGGCACAUCUUUGUUAGUAGGUCUACCACCACCAUGAUGGCUGUUUUCCCCUUGGACUUCGGCAGAUCAGUCAUAAAAUCUAUCGACACUGCCUCCCAAGGUCGUUCUGGGGUUGGUAAGGGUUCUAAUAGCCCCGCCGGUGCCCGCCUCUCCCCUUUGGCUCGCUGGCAUUGCUCACACCCUCUUACAUACUCCCGUACAUCUUCCCUCACCUUAGGCCACCAAAAUUCCCUGGUGACCAACCACAUGGUUUUGUGUUGUCCAAAAUGCCCCGCCGUGGGGCUGUCGUGCAACUGCUUGAGUACCCUCCCCCUUAAGUCUCCUUCAGGGAUAUACAGUGCCCCUUUGUAAUACAAAGCUCCAUUUCUUUCCUCGAAACCCCCUGGUUCCUCUCCCUCACCCCUAAGACCUCUGAGCUUAUUCUGGGCGUAUUCAUCAUUCUCUGUUUCCUCUACCAGUUCUCUUUGUCCCACCAAUGCCGCCCCACACACCCAGCGGUCCUCUGGAAUGACAUGUCUCUCUUCGGGUGCUCCCUCCUCCUCCAAAUAUUCAGGUUUGCGUGAGAGAGCGUCCGCCCUAAUGUUCUCUGGGCCUGGCACGUAACAAAUCUCAAAGUUAAAUUUGGAGAACUCCUGGGCCCAUCUCACUUGCCGUUGGUUGAGCACUCGUGCCGUCCUCCAAUACUCUAGGUUCUUGUGGUCAGUGCACACUUGCACCUUAUGUUGUGCGCCAAUUAGCAGGUGCCUCCAUCUCCGGAACGCCUCAUGAAUGGCUAGUAGUUCUCGGUCAUACACCGUGUAGUUCCUCUCGGAUUUGUUCAGCUUUCGCGAAAAAAGGCACACGGUCUCCACUCUGACUCCUCCUUCCCUGGCUGCAGAAGCACCGCCCCAAUCGCUCUGUCUGAUGCGUCAGUUUCCACUCUCAUCGGUUUUUGUAAAUCCACAUGCAGGAGUUGUUGUUCCGAGGCGAAGGCCCUUUUAGUUCCUCAAAUGCUCGCUCCGCCUCCUCAGUCCAAACGAACUUCUUCUUACUGCUGAGACAGUCCGUAAUGGGCGCCGUCAGGUGGGCAAAGUUUCGGAUGAACUUACGAUAGAAGUUCCCAAAUCCUAGGAACCUCUGCACAUCCUUCCUUGUUUUGGGUGUUUUCCAUUCCAGCACCGCCUGGACCUUGCCGGGAUCCAUGGCCAAUCCCUUGUCUGACAGGCGAUACCCCAGGAAUUCCACCUCCUUGGUAUGAAACUGACACUUCUCCAGUUUCACCCACAGCUGGUUGGCUUGCAGCCUGCUCAACACUUCUCUGACGUCUCUCACAUGCUGCUCCUCAUUCUCAGAAUACACCAACACGUCGUCUAAGAAGGCCACACAAUUCUUGUAAAGCAAAGGCCCCAGGACGUGGUUCAUAAACGAUUGAAAGCACGCGGAGCCUCCUUGUAGGCCGAAGGGCAUAACUAAAUAUUCAAAUGCCCCCAAAGGGGUGAACAUGGUGGUUUUCCAUUCAUCCCCCUUCCUUAUUCGUAUCAGGUUGUACGCCCCCCUUAGGUCCAGUUUAGUAAAAAUCUUUCCCUUCCUGACCCUUGUCAAAAUGUCGUCAAUCCUGGGCAUAGGGAAAGCCACUGGUUCUGACACUGCAUUUAAGGCCCUGAAGUCACACACAAGCCUCGGCUUGUUCGUGUUUUUUUUAUCCACAAAAAACACUGGGCUGCCCCCCACCGCCCUGGACUCUCUGAUGAACCCUCUCUUCAGGUUCUUGUCAAUGAACUCUCUUAGCUCCUGCAUCUCUCUGUCUGACAUGGCGUACAGCUUGCCUACAGGGAGCUGUGCCCCAGGGAGUAAAUUGAUUUGACAGUCAAAGGGUCUUUGCGGGGUUAAUUGGUCAGCUUCCCUUUCGCUGAAGACGUCGCGGAGAUCUGCGUAUUGUCGUGGUACCUUCACGUUCUCCGUUACUUCAGUCCCUGCUAGGGUGGCUUGGGCCCCUGCCAAACCCUUUCCCUCUUUGCAGUGUUCUAAGCAAUGUGCUGAACCAAAAGAAACCACUCUCUGAUGCCAGCCCACCAGCGGAUCAUGUAACGCUAGCCAGCUCAUCCCCAAUAUAAUGGGAGCUCCUCCCAAGGUGGCCACAUUAAACGCUAUCAGUUCGGUGUGCCUUGCCACCUUCAUUAUCAUUGGGACGGUCUGCAAGCUGACUUCUCCUCCCAACAGCUCCCUGCCAUCGAUCGUGGUCACCUGCAGGGGUUGCUUAAAGGGAUCGUCUGUAUCUGGUGUUCAGCUGCAAACUCUUUGCUCAUGAAAUUGCAGGAGCUGCCUGAGUCCAACAGCGCCUUUAUCUUUAGAGGGUGUCCGUUUGGCAGCUCUAGCGCCACUUCUAUCACUAGGGCGGGUUUAGGAGGUUCUGGCGUGGGCACUUUCACUGCUCUUUGGCCUGACUGCUGUGCCCCGACGGUGGCAGCCAGGCGUUGGCUUUUACUUGCUUCGGUAUUUCUUCCUCUCUUCCCUCCACAGCUCCUACCAUCCCUUGCCAUUCCUUCCUCUGGGGGCAGACUCUGGCAAAGUGACCUGGCUGUUGGCAGAGAUAGCAUUUCCGGGCGCCUUUUCCCUCCUUCUUUCCCCCUUCACUGGGCUUUGAAACUGCGCGCGCGCGCUGUUCCGAUUUCCAUCGGCUCUGCCGGCGGGAAAGUUGGCUCUGGAAUGUCUGGAAUGCGGAACUCCUUCCAACGUUCCCCCUUCCCUUCCCGCCUCUCCAAUGCUCUCGCCUCCUGGCGCGCUCCUAUGGUCAGCGCUGAUUUGGUCAGCUGGUCCAUAGACUCCGCCCUGGGCGCCCGGGAAAGUUCGUCUUUCACAGCCGAAGAAAGCCCUUCUUCAAAAAGCAUUUGAAUGGGUUCCGCCGAUAGAUCCCACCCCAAUUUAUGGAUCAACAUGGUGAAUUCAGUCCAGUACUCACGGACAGAUCGGCUACCCUGUUUGCAAGCCAUUAACUGUCUGCGGACCACUCCCUGUUCAAUAUCGCUGGAAAACAUCAGAUCCAUGGCGCGAAAGAACUUCAUCGUGUCCUUUAGGACGUCACUAUUCGCUGCCAUCAGGGGUCUAACCCAGUCUCUCGCCCCCUUUUCAAGAUGCCCAAUCACGAAAGCCACUCUUGAUUCCUCGUCAGGGAAUUCAUCAAACUGCAGAUUGAGGGCAUAUUGCAUCUCUGUCCGAAAGCCAUGAUAGUCUUUGGGCUCCCCCCCAAACUUCUGCACCAAUCCUGGUACCUUUCUGACGAGCUGGGUGUCUUUCCCCUUUUGUCUGCAUCCUGAGCCCUCCUCUCCUCAAGCCUCGCCGUCUGCAGCGCUAGCUGGACCUCCAACACCCGGUACCUUUCUUCCAGGCUUGGACCCGCUCCAGCUCCUGCUUCUCCGGUUCCGGCUGGGUUGCUCAUGAUGCCUUCUCCUGCACAAGCUGCUCACGAAGACUGUCGGAAUGCUGUGAUGGGAUGAUGAGCUGCUUGUGUGUAAAAUCCUAGUCCCUCAGAGUUUGGUCAAGUUUGCAAACCUCUGUCUGUAACGGAGCCCCUUAAACAUGGCUCCGUCAGUCGCUGGCAGAUUCCGACAGUGGUUGCUUUCGGACUCGCUUCCAACAUAAAAGCUCCUUAACGGAAACACGUCUUCUGGACUCUCUGCGUGACAGUUUCCGGCGAGGAGUGGGUGUCCCUACAGGAGGUCCUGAAACCUCCCCACUGUUUUCGCUGGAAGUGUCUCUGAGCCAUCCCUCCAGCUCCCUUUCCCUCAGCCCAGCUCCUCUCCCCCUACUGGUUCCCUCUUCAGCUGCUGAGUCUCUCCCAACCUGUGUGAGCCCUUUCACUUCCCUUCCUUCCGAUGGCAGUUCCCUGACAGUACGUAAUAUUGAGCAGCUCAUAAGGAUGGGAAAGGAAACAUCAAGAUGGUGGGAUGGGAUGUCACUUUUAAAUUUGUAUUAAAUUUGAAUUAAUUUGAUGCUAAAUUCAUUAAACAUUUUAAAAAGCAAUAAAAAAUAUUUUUGGGGGGAGGGAGGGAGAGAACAAAGGGCACAGCACAUGAUCAACAGUUCAUUGAAAAUUCCCCCUUAGCAGGAUUGCAACAGCACUUGUAACAUAGCAAGUAUUAUGGAGACAAUGGAAUUAUACAAAACAUAAGAUUAUUCAAAAAGAUGCAGUAGAAAAGGUUUAAUAAUAGGACUCAUAGGGGGAGGUGGGAAGUCCAGAGAUUUGGAGGAAUCUGUAAAUGUGGGUGUGUAUGGUUGUAUUGCUAUAAUUUUAUAAUUCUAAAAACAAAAAAAAUAUUUAAAAAUAAAAUAAAAUCCCCCUUUCAAAAUGCCACCCCUUCAAAAUACCACUGCCGGCUCCCCAGAUUUCCCUGGGCAAAGUGAACGAAUGCAUGCUCUCUUGAAAGCAAUAAUUUAUUAGCAUGCUUCCCUGUUCAGACAGCCUCCACAGCAGCGCAUGUGGUUAGAGAUUGAAAGCAGGCCCUGGUUCAGAUCCGAACUCAGCGGUGACUAGAGUUUGCCAAGUAACUUUGGGCCAGUGACUAUUUCUUGGUGUCCCCUUAAGUUCCUUGGGAGAGGAGAGGGGGAAGUUGAUGUAUAAAUUCAAGCCGCAACUAAACCGAGGCUCCGUUUCUCUCGUGUAUCUUUGGGGUUUUUUUUAGCAGGCACCGUGAUGGGGAGCCAAGGCGAGGAGGCGAAGCCCUGCGAAGAAUUGCCAGGCGGAGGCGAGGACAAAGGCGGGGAAGAGAACAGAGCGAUGGAGAAAGAGACUCAGACAGUGGCAGGUAGUUGAAUAGAAAUGAGUGGCAGUAGCCAAGGUUGGUUUUUGGGCUUGCUGCCCAUGGUUUGAGGGGAAACGAUAGGCCAAACCAUGACUUAGCUCCUGGCAACGCAGCAACUGGAGGACUGGAGGAGGAGCAAAGUGUCCUACUUUCCCCGUGCUGCGCAUUCCCCUUUUAAGUCAUAGUUAAGCUUAACUAUGGCUUAGUGCAGGUGUGGAGAACGUUUUGGCAUUCUAGAUAUUGCUGAACCACCGUUCCCACCUGCAUGGUCAAUGGAACACCUUAUUUAUUUUGUCAAACUUCAGUGCAUUUUGGGAAAUGGAAGAGGGGACUUGUUCUUUGAGGGGGCCCCCUGCUUUGAAGACCUACAUUGGAUCCCAGUAAGUUUCCGAGCACAAUUUAAAGUGUUGGUGCUGAUCUUAAAAGGCCUAAACGGCCUUGGCUCAGUUUGCCUAUCUCUCAGCCCGGACACUGAGGUCCAGCUCCGAGGGCCUUCUGGUGGUUCUCUCACUGCGAGAAGUGAGGUUACAUGGAACCAGGCAGAGGGCCUUCUUGGUAGUGGCGCCCGCCCUGUGGAACGCCCUCCCAUCAGAUGUCAAGGAAAUGAACAACUCUUUGACUUUUAGAAGACAUCAGAAGGCAGCCCUGUUUAGGGAAGUUUUUAAUGUUUGAUGUUUUAUCGUGUUUUUUAAUAUUCUGUUGGGAGCUGCCCAGAGCGGCUGAGGAAACCCAUCCAGAUGGGUGGGGUAUAAAUAAUAAAUUAUUAUUGUUAAAAUUAUUAUUACCGUAUUUUUCGCACCAUAGGACGCACCGGACAAUAGGACGCACCUUGUUUUAGAGGGGGGAGAACAAGAAAAAAAAUUUCUCCCCCUCUCUGCCCAGUGCCCCUUCAGCGAAGCGGCAGGAGGCGCUGCGCAGAGAGGGGGAGAAUUUCCCCCCUCUUGUUUUUCCACUCUAAAACAAGGUCCGUUCAAGGUGCGUUCAGGCGGCUACCUUGGAAGCCUGGAGAGUGAGAGGGGUCGGUGCGCACCGACCCCUCUCGCUCUCCAGGCUUCAGGUUCCUUUCGACCUGCUCUUUGGGGCUGGCGGGGGGAAGCCCACCACCAGCCCCAAAGAGCAGGUCAGGGAGCAGCGGAAAGGCGCAGCAGAGAGGCUCCUGCCAUAGCCGCGCGUCACCUCUCCAGCUGGGAGAGGGUCGCGGGGGGCUUCUUUAGCCCCACACGCGCUCUCUCGGCUGGAGAGGUGGCGCGCGGCUAUAAGAGGCUCCUGCCAUAGCCGCGCGUCACCUCUCCACCCGGGAAAGGGUCGCGGGGCUAUGCUGUCUUUGCUCCAUAGGAUGCACACACAUUUCCCCUUCAUUUUUGAAGGGGAAAAAGUGCGUCCUAUAGAGCGAAAAAUACGGUAUUUAUUGCCAUGUUGUUAUCGAUGGGAACAUGUGCUUGUCAUUCAUAUUUCUCGUAAUUGUAGCAAAUGGUUUGCAAACACUUACUUAAUGUAGGUUUUAGAAAACAUUGGGCCCAGGAUUUCAGUGUUUUUCAUUUAGCUUGUGAGAUUUCAUCCCAUCUUGUAAUCUUUCAUUUAAUCCAGCAGGAAGCGACCAAGCACAGAAGACCGAAGAUGAAAGCUGUCAGGCAGAAGGACCUGGGCAAGCAGGCAGUGGUGCGACGUCACUGGAAGACUGUGAAUGUGAUGGUUUGCAGGGUCUGAACCUCACUGUUCAUGAGAGGUCUCAUAUGGCGGAGAAGCCUUUUGGCUGCUCCAAGUGUGGGAAAAGCUUCAGCCGCAAAUCGCUCCUUCUCGAACACCGAAGAUCUCACCCAGGAGACACGCGAUACGGAUGUUCCGUUUGUGAAAAAAGGUUCAACAAGCGAGCACGCCUCAUUGCACAUGAGAGAUCUCAUACAGGAGACAAACCCUAUCAGUGCUCCGACUGUGGGAAGUCCUUUGGUCAGGAAGCAUCCCUUGCUACGCACCAGAGGACCCAUACUGGGGAGAAACCGUACGAGUGCCUCGAGUGUGGGAAAAGUUACCCGUGGAAAACAUCCCUUGCCGUACAUCAGAAAAUCCAUGCGGGAGAGACCUACACCUGCCCCGUCUGUGAGAAAAGCUUCAACCAGAAAUCGUUGCUUAGGAUACACAAGAGAAUCCACACAGCCGAGAAGCUGUACAAGUGCUCCGAUUGCGACCAGAGCUUCACCCUUGAGAAAUACCUGAAUGCGCACAGGGUGAGGGCUCACACCCGAGAGAGGCCGCACGCCUGCGCCCAUUGCGACAAAACCUUCAUCUUCAAAUAUUCCCUCAUCGAACAUCAGAGAAUGCACACAGACGAGAGGCCCUUCAAAUGUUCAGACUGCGGCAAGCGCUACAACGGGAAAGCGGCUCUCGUCGUACACCAGAAUACCCACGCGGGAGAGAAACCCUAUCUUUGCCAAGACUGUGGUAAGAGCUUCAAAACCAAAUGUGCCUUGACCGGACACGAGAAGCGCCACAGAGGAGAGAAGCCCCACAAAUGCUCGCACUGCGACAAAAGCUUCUAUUGGAAGCAUCGCCUUAUUUUACACGAGAGAAUCCACACAGGAGAAAGGCCGUACCAGUGCCCCGAGUGCGGGAAGAGCUUCCGGUACAGAAACAACUUGACAAAGCACAAGAGGAACACGCACGAGACGAUUCGCACGGGGGACAGGACCUACCAGUGCUCGAUCUGCGGCAAAAGCUUCCGAUGGCGGCGGAGUUUCAUUUUGCACGAGAGAGCCCACACGGGGGAGAAGCCCUACAAGUGCCCCGAAUGCGGGAAGAGCUUCAUGAGCAGAGUGUCCCUCAUAGUUCACAAGAGGAUCCACACGGGGGAGAGGCCUUACCAGUGCCCCGAGUGUGGGAAGAAGUUCAUUAAAAAACAGGCCCUCAGUAAACACAAGACAGUCCACACAGGGGAGAGGAGAUACUUGUGUACCGUAUGCGGUCGGAGGUUCUCUAACAAAGGCAACCUGAUCAGGCACAUGAAAAUCCACACCGGCGAGAAACCGUACGUCUGCCCCAUAUGUGGGAAAAGUUUCAUUCAGAAGGUGUGUCUGAUUGAACACGAGCCGACCCACAGCAAAGAGAAGCCCUACGUCUGCACGGAGUGCGGGAAAAGGUUCAAGCGGAAAAGGGGGUACUUGUUGCAUGUGAGAAUGCACAGAGGGGAGGUGCCCCGCGAAAGCCCCAAGAAAAGCCUCAACGGCGGGGAAGCUGUCAGCGCGAGCCCCAGGCCCCCCGCCAAAGAGAAGUCCCACCCCUGUUUGGACUGCGGGAAGAGCUUCCACUCCGAAUGCCACCUUAUUAUGCACCAGAGGACGCACACGGGAGAGAAGCCGUACCAGUGCAGCGAGUGCGGGAAGCGCUUCAGCCAGCAGUCGUCCCUCAACACGCACCAGAGAGUCCACACGGGGGAGAAGCCGUCGCUCUGCACCGAGUGCGGGAAGCGCUUCCACAACAAGAGCAACCUGGCGCGGCACCAGCGGAUCCACACGGGGGAGAAGCCCUUUGCCUGCCCCGAGUGCGGGAAAACCUUCAACCAGAAAGCCUCCCUGGAGGCCCACAAGGCCACCCACAGCAAGGAGAGCCCCUUCUCAUGCGCCGACUGCGGGAAGAGGUUCAAACUGAAGGUCUCCCUCCUCGUGCACCAGAGGACGCACACUGGGGAGAAACCCUACGAGUGCCUGCAGUGCGGGAAAAGGUAUAUCAGGUGCUCGCAGCUGAGGAGGCACGAAAGGACACACAUCAUGCAGACAGGUGAGAAGGGGCAGCAGGAGGUGGUUGCCGCGAUUGUCGUCGUUAAUUAAAUUUGCAUACUGCCCUUCACCCGUAGAUCUCAGGGCAGUUUACAAAAUUACAAUACAGUGGUACCUCGGGUUAAGAACUUAAGUCAUUCUGGAGGUCCGUUCUUAACCUGAAACUGUUCUUAACCUGAGGUACCACUUUAGCUAAUGGGGCCUCCCGCUGCCACUGCGCCGCUACAGCACGAUUUCUGUUCUCAUCCUGAAGCAAAGUUCUUAACCCGAGGUACUAUUUCUGGGUUAGCGGAGUCUGUAACCUGAAGCGUCUGUAACCCGAGGUACCACUAUAUGAAAAACACAAAACACAUAAUAAAAAUAAGAACAAAAACAAACCAAUAACCCCACCGCCCUUUCACAAUGUAUUUUUUAAAAGGGCAUCAGAUGUCAAUCAGCCAAAAGCCUAAUUGAAGAGUUAAUGUUUUUGCAAACAAGUUGUCAUAGAAUUGUAGAGUUGCAAGGGACGCCCUGCAAUGCAGAAAUCAAUAAAAGUGGAGGUAGAGUAUUGGACUAGGAGCUAUGAGACCAGAAUUCAAAUACUGCUUUGGCCCCAAAGCUCACUGUGGAGAAAAUGGUGGGAGGACGUUUGUUUAUUAUUUUCAUUUCAUAGCAUUUAUAUAUUGCUUGAUAACGAAGAAUCUCAAAGUGGUGGUUAUUGUUGUUGUCAGUAAUGCCAAUAAUAAAAAUAAUAAUAUGAAAGAAAUAAACCGGUAACAAUAAUAUGAAAUGAAUCAACCUGAACACACUGGAUAGGUGAAAUGUCUGACUGAAGAAGCUGUCUCUCUUUCCCUCUUCACUGUUUUUGUCAUGGCCUCAUGGACCACCUGAAAUCCCCGCAGUGGGAAGUGGAGGCUGGACUGUUCGCCCCGAUUCAGGGAUUGUCAGUCUCUGUUUACUUCAUCCUGUACUUCUGCCUUGAUCAGCCUUUUUCUACCUGUGUUGUUGAACUACAACUCCCAUCACCCCUAGCUAGCAAGGCCAGAGCUCAGGGAUGAUGGGAGUUGUAGUCCAACAACAUCUGGGGACCCACAGGUUGAGAAAGGCUGGCCCUAGAUGAUCGUGUUUUGACACAAGCCAAACCUCUUUGUCCAUUUCAGAGUUGGUUGCUGAACCUGUUGAAGUUACAGAAUUUCCUGUAGAAGCAAUAAGCACUGCUGUGGUAAGAAAUGAAUUGUUGUUUUUUAGGUCGCUAGAGAAACUUUAAAUAUGCUGUCUUCUUUCUCUCUAUGGUGAAGUCCCACCAAGCUUUGCAACAUGAUACACUUCCUCUGCCAGCUUCAGCUUGACUGCCAUUAUUUCUUUGUUUUAUUUAAUAAUAAUCUUUUUAUUAUUUAUACCCCGCCCACCUGGCUAGGUUGCCCCAGCCACUCUAGGCAGUUUCCAAUACAUGCAUACCUGGUUGUCGAACGCCUUGGUACUCGGACGGUUUGGCUUCUGAACACUGCAAACCUGGAAGUGAGUGUUCCGGUUUGCAAAUGUUUUUUGGAAACUGAACAUCCGGCACGGCUUUCGAUUGGCUGCAGGAAGCUCCUUGGUUUUUGAACAGUUUCGGAGUCAAACAAACUCCCGGAACGGAUUAAGUUUGACAACCAAGGUACCACUGUACAUAUAAAAAUACAUAUAGUGAAAUCAGUGUACAAAAACUUUACAGGUGUUGUUUAUUACAAGGAACUAGAGCACAGAUAACAUUUACUUUUCAUUUCGAAGUAAAACCCGCACUACCAGCUACUCUCCAGUGUAAACACACCACUGAUUUGACCAUAAGGUGUGCAUCUCCCUGAAAAAGAGUAAAUGAAAAAUACAAAAAAAUGGCCUACAGUAUGAAGACAUGACACAAAAGGAAAAAGCGAUGGGGUGGGAGGAAGAAACCACAAACUCAAGCACCAAUUCUCAGAGGUUGCAGUUUAUUAUCAGGAACAAUUUUGGGUCCCACCUGGUAGUUAAUUGUAAUUGUGAUGCUACAAGGGGCAUUUAGUGCUGCAGUCCUAUGUAUUUUUGGAGCAAAUCCCAUAGAUAAUAAUAAUAUAAUAAUAAAUUUUAUUUAUAUCCCGCCCUCCCCAGCCGAAGCCGGGCUCAGGGCGGCUAACAACAAUAAAACAGUACAACAGUACAACACAACACUCUAAAAUCAUUCAUUAUAAAAAUAAUUCAAAACCAGCCACUGGCAACCAUUGGGCCAGAGCUCCGUGAAGAUUGCCGAAGGAGGGAGUCAGGCUGUGCCCUGGCCAAAGGCCUGGUGGAACAGCUCUGUCUUGCAGGCCCUGCGGAAAGAUGUCAAGUCCCGCAGGGCCCUAGUCUCUUGUGACAGAGCGUUCCACCAGAUCGGAGCCACAGCCGAGAAAGCCCUGCCUCUAGUUGAGGCCAGCCUAACCUCUCUGUGGCCUGGGACCUUCAAGAUGUUUUUAUUUGCAGACCGUAAGUUUCUCUGUGGGACAUACCAGGAGAGGCGGUCCCGUAGGUACAAGGGUCCUAGGCCGUAUAGGGCUUUAAAGGUUAAAACCAGCACCUUAAACCUGAUCCUGUACUCCACCGGGAGCCAGUACAGCUGGUAUAGCACCGGAUGAAUGUGAUUGGGCAUUGGGACUCGUUUCUGAGUAGACAUAUAUUGGUUCACAGGGAAGUUCAUGCCUGCAUUGUGCUCUCUUGGACAUAAAAAAUCUCUUUCCAGGCAUCUUGCCACUUGCCCCUCCCACCCUGUGUGAGGAAAGCUGCUUUUGCAGUGCAAAUGCACACAUUUGAGGCGGUAGUCUGUUACAUAGGCUGGGCCUGCUUGUGCCAAGAUGGAUGGAAUGUAGUUCCAUUCUUUGAAAACAGGACGAGCCUGACUGGGAGAUGGUAGCGUUCUUCAUUCUCAUUUUCAUUCCAGAUAAGUGUGGAUGGUGAUUUAUUUUUUGUGCAAACUACCGCAUAGAUUCCGACUGGCUACACGGGGGACCGGAGGUGAGGUAAGACCACUCUUCUAUCAAAAGCCACCAUCAUUCUGUGACUCCAGAUCUUUCCUUUUGUAUAACUAAUACCUGAGAUGAAAUUAUCUUUUUAAAGAUUUGGAACAGUUAGUUGUUGUUGAGUAGAUAAUCCCUAAAUAUAUUCCUGGCUUGUCUGUUACCGAUGGGGUAUCCGUGGGGGUUUAGUCAGAUUAGUCCAGUGUUCUUCAUUCUCGGGUCACUAGAUGUUCUUGGACUACAUCUCCCAUCAUGCCCAGCUAUCUUGGCUGUCUGAUCUCUUAUCCUCCACCUUGAUCUAUGAGAUCCUCUGAUGAGGCUUCCCCACAGUGCUAAGAUUCAUUUGGCCUUCACUGGGGACUGAGCUUCCAGUGGGGCAGGUCCUUGCCCUGUGGAACUCCCUUCAGGAAGAGGUUCAGCAAGAACCAUCCCUCCCUUUUUUCAGAGGUCUUUUGAAAACUAUAUUGUUUACACAGGCCUUUGCAGUAUAAAUUCUGCCUUUUUAACGAAUCAAUACUUGUUAAGGUUUUGUUUCUGUUUUUCAUGUUUUUUGCUGGGGGGUUUUUUUAUAUGCAUUUUACAUGGGGCUCAUCCAGCUGGGAAGGUAGCCCAUCUAGGAGAAGGAAGACUCUGACCCUUAACCUCUACUGCCUUAUGGGAUAUCUUCGGGAGGAGAAAAGGCUAAGGAGUAAAACCCUACACAAAACUGGAGUCCCUAAAAUGGUGGGAAGCCAAAUGUCUUGCUCUGCUCUCCUUUGGACCACAUCAACGAGGCUGAGAGGGGGGUCUUGUCGUCUUGGCAUCCCAGAACCUCCAGACACACUGCCCAGGCUCAUGCCCUGGGGAGGUCACUUCCAUGCUGCUAACACAGUGGUUCGACUUGACCCCCUGAUGCGUUCUCCAUUGUCCAUCGAGACAAAUGGAGACCAGCAAUUUCUAUAUGUCGUAUACAACGUUGAUGUAUUUUUAUGACAGUGUACCGUAGAUUCCGGUGUACAGUGGUGCCUCGCAAGACGAAAUUAAUUCGUUCUGCGAGUUUUUUCGCCUUGCGAAUUUUUCGUCUUGCGAAGCACGGUUUCCCAUAAGGUAUUAACGGUUUUAAGAAAAAGGAAACAAACUUGCAAGACGUUUUCGUUUUUCGUCUUGCGAAGCAAGCCCAUAGGGAAAUUCGUCUUGCGAAGCAACUCAAAAAACGAAAAACUCUUUCGUCUUGCGCGUUUUUCAUCUUGCGAGGCAUUCGUCUUGCGAGGUGCCACUGUAUUAGGCGACUGGGUGUAUUAGACGACCCCCCCAAAUUGGCAGCUGCAAUUUGGGGAUUUGUCUUAUAAGCCCAGUCGCCUAAUACGCUGGGCAGCUCUGCGCCGGGAGAAAGCAGCCCGGCGGGCUCCGCUCCGUGCCCCCCAUACCCAGCGUAUAAGACGACCCCCAAAUUUUUAACCUCUUUUCCAGGGUUAAAAAGUCGCCUUAUACGCCGGAAUCUACGGUAUAUUAGAGCAUUUUCUCUCAGUCUGGCAUUGACUGUGGCUGACAGUAGUCCAGAACAUCUGGCAUUGGGGACCAGGUUGUCAAAGUCUGCAUUAAAUUAAAUCCAGGCCCCCUUAGGGCUGGUGUGGGGACUGUUUGGCGCUACAGAUCUUACUAGAACUCCCCUCAUUAGGACUGGUAAGACCUACAUUCAAAUGCCAGCCUUGCCAUAGAAAUGACUUUGGUCCAGCCUCUCUCUCUCUUCCUCUCUCUCUCUCUCCCACCCACCCCCAUCCUAACCUUGUUGUGAAGAUAAAAUAUGUAUCAGGGAGAAGAAUCAUCUGCAUUUCCCUGAGCUUAGAAACAAAUAAAUUUUCACUUUCUUUUUCAGGUUCCUCGAUCAAGAUUGCCAGCCUGAAAAUGAACAAAAAGAAGAAGUUUUUAUUAAUUUACGUAUUACGUUUUUUUGUUAUACUGCUCUGUGGCCCAAAGCCCUCUGUGAGUGGUUUAUAGUUAAGUGCAGGUUUUUUAAAAAAAGAAAAAAGAAAAAGCACCGGAAUAUAUGAAAUUGCAAUAUAUAACAGUAUAUAGAUAAAUGUCGUUAAUAAUGUAAUUUAAAUACACGCACUCUGGAAUUAAGUAAGUCUUCGGCUGGUUGGUCUUAGGCCCUCAGCCUCCACUUCCCUUUGUUGUGACUGCAAGGAUAAAAUAUUGAGGGUGAGGGCAUAUCCUCCUCAUCUUUUAACGGCCAAGUUGGAAAUGUGUCUAUGCAAACGUACACCCAUUAAAUACAUGUACGCACAUAUCUGUGCAUGCUUGCCGAAAGACAUCAGGUGGAUGAACUUGAUGAACCUCCUUGUACUAAAGGUCCCUGGAUUAAGAUCCUAUCGCUGAGACGGGUCUCCGUCCCGUGGCAACCUACCCAUCGCAUAUGGCAUGGCCUCUUUUUCCUGGCUGCUUGGCUAUACCAAGAUGAUUAUCUUUUAGAAGCGGUCUUCCUUGCACAGCACGGAGUCAGGAGGAGUGGGGUUGUAUUAGUCACUGCUGCUGCCUCUGUCCCAUCCCUGAUGCCCCUCUUUUCCUUUUAGAGGCUCCUCACAUUGUUUAGAUUGGGACCAGGACGACUUCCUGUCGCAGACAUUCGUUCCUCCAUGUAUUUGGGGAGGGAGGUACAUGGCUCAAGACGAGGAUGCCGUGGGAUAGGGGUGGGGGCAUGCCAUGGCAUGGCUACCCAGAACAUCUCUCCUCUCCCUAAGCCGAUUCUAUUCUAAAAGCCCAAACAAAGCGCUAGUUUAAAUGGAAGCCCCUGAAUCAGUUUACACCAAGCUACUAUUUGUUCUCCUGCCUCCUCCCGCGGUCAUUUCUUAAAAACAAAAAUCGGUAUAGAAAUGAAAUAAUAAUAAUAAUAAUAUCCAGUUUAAAUGUAACUAGUUCUACUAGCAAAUUUACCAGCCCUUGUUCGACUUGUUGUAAUUUUUUUUUAAAAAAGACACACCCUGCUUUGUAGUCAUGCUCUAGACACUGCUCCAAGUGCUUCUAAUUAUUUUUGUAUAUCGGUAAGAGAUUAUUUUGAAUCGCUGACUAAAUAAAGCUACGUUACCUGUACAA